AACGGAAUAGUUGACUGUCAACAAAAAGCAUGCUUGGGAGCUGGGACGGCGGUGUUGAGAAAAUGCUUUGUCUUCUAAGUUGGAAGUGCGCGACUUGAGGAGAUGCUGUUCUUAAUAUCUAUGUGGGCCGUCAUAGCUGUCAUCGAUUCACGGUAUCUGAGUACUUACCACACGCCUAGCGAGUGCGACAACUCGAGCUAUUUCGACAUUGUCGCACUCACAUGCGUUAAAUGUGGCGCCAACAGGGGACAGGAACGUAUGCAAGUAGCGUCGAAAGAUGGUUCAUCGUGCCAAUGUAUUCACCAGCACAAGAUCACUUCUCAAGAAAGUGCCACAAAAGUGUCGUGUGCUUCAUGUCCUCCCGAGCACGUGACAUCCCUAGACGGCUGGGAGUGCGUUCCGUGUGCGGAGAACGCGCCUUUUCAGCCGGCCACCAACAGCUGCAGCACUUGCGAGAACGGAGUAUACGAGGAAGUGACCGGAAGUGACGGCGUCAGAAGGCUGACGUGCACCGUCUGUAAUAAGGGAACGUGGCCUAAUCCAGACAGCCAAAGAUGUGCGACCUGCCCAGAAGAAUUUUUGGUUGCCAAUGGCAGUGUGUGUUCAUGCCCGGCUGACAAGUAUCUUCACGUUGCUGGAAGCUGCAUUCCUGCGGAAAAGGUGGACGCCAACCUUGAUUCGUUGUACAGUGUCAAAUAUCAGGGUGUCAGCAUUUCAUCACAAGCACUUCGAAGCCUCCUUUUGCCUUCACUCUACAAUUGCAAGGAAUACGCCAACGAAACUGCAUGCGAGGCUGUUGCCAACCUCUGUGUUCUCACCUUGUAUCGUCGAAGCUCCGAAAGCGCCAUCUGUGACAAAUUUCUCUCUCUGAGCGAACCGUCUUCGGCACGCACAAAACAAAGCAACCAGCAGGGUUUACCAUGGCUGUUCUAUUUGGACGACGAUGCCAACCUCGUUAUUUCAAGGACCGACGUUCCGAACCAGUUCACUAUAAAGCAUUGGAAGAACUCUUCUUACCUCCACUUUAUCGUUGCCAAGUAUAGCCUUGAAGGGAAGCUUAUUUCCAUAGGGCCACUGAAGAUAAGGGAGCUCAGCCUUUGCGGUACGUUCCUGGCAAAUAAGGAUGUACUACGAUUUGGAACCACGUUUGCUGAAGAGUGCCAAAAGACAACUAGAGACCUGUGGGAACAGUCGCUCCUCGUGUUCUAUGAUAUUUUCUUGGAGAGCAGCCAUAAUGGCGUGAAGAAAAUUUAUCCAGUUCCGGUGAAGAUUGAGAACUUGGAGAAAAACUCGAGAGGACACAGUGAGGACGGCGCAUUGUCGUGGCAGCUGGUCAGAAGAUUUUUCUUGCUUGACCCCAUUACUGCAAGGGACAGCGAUAGCGCCUCUCCAAGCCGACGGCCCGUGGCCAAGUUUUUACGCUAUGCAGAAAAAAUCAACGUACACAUCACGCUCCAUAAGAAAGGAAAGCCCGGCUCCAUACACCCGCCACUAAUUACCAUCGGUUACGCCGAAGCCACAAGGGAUGCCUACGAGCAGAACGCCAAAUUGCCUCUCUCAUUCUCGAUCACCUAUUCGUCAGACUUCAACCAGGCGGCUCAAGAUAUGCCGAUUGCAUUAGGUGUCCUGAGCGCCUUGGCAAUUCUGUGGGCCUGCAUUCAGACCUGGAGCUGGACCCGAAGAUCGGGGAAAGUCUCCGUUAACAUUGUGACCUUCGUCAAGCUCAUCAUAUACACCUGUUCCAGUCUCUCCACUGUUUUCCUUAUGGUGGUUCUGUGCACAUGCCUUAACUGGCUUUUAAUGUACAAGCUUCAGGACGUGGUUCAUAUGCUUCUUCCGAGUCCCCAUCAGGAGAAGGACAUCGAACUGUACAUCGUCUUCGCAUUUGUCAUGAAGACGCUCUACCUUCUCCACGUCGUGUUUCUUCAGAGCAGCGCGGACAUUUUCUUCUUAGACUGGGAGAGACCACACGGUGCUUCACGGAUUCCGCGCCCGCCCCGCAAGGAAGCCCCACGACUGUCUUUGGCUGGAGACGGCUCGCAGGUCGCUGGACUCGGCGGCGCGAGCAGCAACAGCUCCAGCGUGGUGGCCACCGAUCACAAGGGCGGUGAAUCGGCCACGGCGGUCAGCAUCUGGCGCUCGUACUUCGUCGCCAACGAGUGGAGCGAACUGCAGUGCCAUCGCAGGGUCUCCCUCUCGCUGCAGCUCCUCGCGCUGCUGCUGCUGCUCAAGGGCCUGGGACUGGAGUACGUUGCUCUUGCCAGUCCCGAGAGCUACUAUUCGAGGACAGUGAAGAACGCCAACAUCCCGUUUAGCGCCGCCUGCCGUUUUGCUCUUUCUGCCUCCCUGUACCUGCUCAUUGCUCUGUUCCAGGUUGUUUUGCAGAAGUUCAUCUACGAACGAUUUUAUGAAGACAAGCUUCAACACUUCAUUGACCUCUGCUCCGUCAGCAAUAUCAGCGUGGUCAUAUUUGUCCAGCCGAAAUUCGGCUACUACAUUCACGGAAGGUCAGCUCAAGGUCAUGCCGACGUCUCGAUGAAAGAGAUGCACGAACUGCUGCGCAGGGAAGAGGAGGACCUGUGCGGCCACAGAGGACUGCUGCCUGACACGGAGCAACAGACGUUUCAGAUGACACUUCCAGUGCAUAUUUACGAGCAGUACUGCCGUAUGAGGAGACCUCUUUCAACAUACACACAAGGACCAGAUAGGAUGCAGAAUGCGGAUGGUCAUCUUUCAAGGGUCAACAUCGACACCGUAGUGAAUACGUACAAUGUCGUAACGAAAUUUUUGUGCGCGUUCCUCGAUCAUUCGUUGAAGGAUGUUGACUAUACGGUGAAAGACCGGACACUAUUUGAAAAGCUUUUGGAUAUUGAGUUCAAUGAUAUUGUCGACCGUGGCUUCUUUUACAAUG